AUGGAUACCGUCAAGAACGCCGCCAACUACGUUGCUGAGACCGUGCAGGGCACUGGUGCCGAGGCCUCUAAGGAGACCAACAAGCAGGUCACCAAAGACGAAGAUGCCAAGCUGAGCACUCGUGCCACCGCUGCCAAGGAUGCUCUUGUCGACAAGAAGGACGAGAAGUCUCACGAUACCAAAGCCGAUGUUCACAAUGUCGUUAAGGACGCCUUCAAUGAAUACCAAUUCCAAAAGAACCAUAUGUUCCACCAGAAAGUGCUAGAGCUAACUGAUAGAGAUGUGUUGAGAGCUGCGCGACCUAUCAAGGAUGACGUCAGGACGGUGGAUGAUCGGCAACAGGAAAUUUUGAAAAGUGAGCCGCAGUGGAUCGGUGGGCCGGCAGAGCAUUUGUCUCGCAGACAGCGCAAUUGGACACUGGCAAAGGCUAAAAAGUCAAGACAUGCCCGUCUCUCCCGCCCCACAUGCUCUCUACCCAGCCCUGGAAUCAUUGACUUUUACAAAUCUGUCAUUUCAUCACCACAAAUGUUUGGCAACAGACCGAAUGGUAAGAAGCCCGGAGAGGGCCUCAUCAAUAAGUUCCAAGCGACUUUCUCAGAUAUUGUCCGACCUACCAUACACGAUCCUCCUGGCCCCGCGGACCAUGACCCGAGCCAUCUUUCUACCCGAGGCGCUCCUGGUCUUCGCUUCGCGCCCUUGCUAAAUGACCACUCUGGUCUCCGAUUUACGCCAUUUCUUGAUGACCACUCACUUCCCACACCAAAUACAAACCAGCCUUACCAAACUUAUAAUCCCGACUGCCUAAAUACAAUCUUCCAUGGCCCGGCCGGAGACUUGCAUACACCACUCGUGGAUUCAAACUUGAUGACACCGAAAACGCUCUUUGAACAAUUCGCGGUCACUCCCCUACAUAGAAAUAACAUCGACCCAUUUCAUGAUACAUCAAAUGCGCAAUACUUCGCACAAGGGUCCCAAACUAUAGCUCCUGGCAAUCUGCAUGCUGCAUAUCCACCGGGCACAUUUGUUCACUACGACUUAGCUGACGGUGCUGCUGAUGGAACGGGCAAAGCAGCCUCCCUGGGUGACGUCGAUAAUCAAGAGACUGGAAUAUCUCGGCUCGUUACGCCCCAAAACAACAGUCUUUCACCAGGAAAAAGCCGCGCAAGCCACGAUAAUCACCCGUAUCAGGUCUCACUGAACACGCCGACAGCGAUGAUUAAUGACCCAAAUCGCCCGCCUGUCACCUAUCUCAACAAAGCUCAAAUAUAUCCUUUGUCGAUCGUCGAUACAGAUCAGCCAGCGAGCAACCAAAUUGCCAAAUAUCGAACCUGGAUUCGCGUGACUUUUGAAGAUGAUGAACAGGCUUCGAACUCUGCCUCUUCUUGGACCCUGUGGAAGGAGACUCGGGGACAUGAGGCAUAUCGAAAAGAUGGUAAUUUAUAUGCCAUUGAAUUUGUUGGUCUAUCCCAAGAAAAUGAAGGACAAACCUGUGAUCACAUCCAGCUAGAAAGGAUCUCGCUGGAUGGAUUCUGUGUCACAUGGUACUCAGACCCGACCACGGGGAAACGAGGCUGCUCAAUGGGGGUCCGCUUCCAUUUCCUUUCGACAGACUUCAGCCACACAAAGGGCGUGAAAGGAGUUCCUAUCAGGUUGUGCGCCAAAACCGAGACUAUCACCUCAGGCCCUGCCGAGAUAAGCUAUUGCAAAGUAAAACUGUUCCGUGAACACGGGGCCGAACGAAAAAUGUUCAAUGACGUCUCCCAGCUGAAGCGGGCAAUUGAAAGACGCAGGCAAGAUUUUGCCAAAGCCGAAAGCGGAGGUGAACACCUCGGAAAGCGAAAACGAGGAAGCCGCUCCGUGCUCUAUAAGAGCGACAAAGAGCUCGAAGAUGAGAGGAAGGAUCAGCUGCAAAAAAGCUUGGAUGAGGAUUUGGCCAUGAUGCAAAACAGAUUCUAUUCCAAUCGACCCGUGACCAAUUUCUGUCUUCCCGGGAGUAUUAAGGAUGAUCCAGAUCUGUUCCCAAUCAAAAUGGAAGAUAAUCUGACGCAAAGCAUCGCUCGAAUGGACCAGCCGACCUUGCAAACCCUGACGCCACCAUCAACAUUAGACAGUGUGUCGAGAAAUUUGUCAUAUAACUCGACAGAUCACCGGUCACCCACGUCCCGCAAAGACCAAAAUCCACCAAUUCUGGCUCUGUCUACCGGAAAGGCUGCAUUGACAUCAAUCAAUUCAAAAUCCAAAGCACCAGUUGCAUGUUUCUAUCUCCGCUUCCAGAAAAGCGGCGCACAGCAAGAUGAUUACCAUACAGCAGUGUAUCUGACAGAACGUACUGCGAAUGAGCUAAUGGCGAAGAUAUCUCACAAACAACGCUUCAAGCAGGAUCAUAUAGUGCAGCUGUUCCAGAUCAAAAAUGGAAUGAAAAUUAUCAUCGAUGAUGAUGUAGUUCAGCGGAUUCCGGAUGGUCAGAAUAUAAUCGCUGAUGUGUCUGGUAUCUCGAGCAACAUGGCUACCGGUUGUGGCUCAAUUGUCGAGGUCAGGUUAGACUUCUAA